CUCUCUCUCUCUCUCUCUCUCUCUCUACUUUGCUUUUCUCAUUCACAUCUGUAUUCAUUAAUCAAUCGUCAUCACCAACAGCAACCCUCAAACCAAAUGGCGCAAGUUAGCGAGCUCCCCUGCGACGGCGAGGGCGUGUGCAUGGUCUGCAAGCAGAAGCCGGCGGAGGCGGAGGUCCUCGCGUGCAAGACGUGCGUCACGCCGUGGCACGUCGCGUGCCUCACCUCCGCGCGGCCGCAAACCCUAGCGGACACGGCGCACUGGGAGUGCCCCGACUGCUCCGAUCUCUCCUGCGCCGCGCCGGCCGUCUCCGGGGGCGGGCUGGUGGAGAAGAUCCGCGCGAUCGAGGCCGAUGCGUCGCUCACGGACCUGGAGAAGGCGAGGAGGCGGCAGGAGCUGCUCGGGGGGGCGAAGGAGGGCGAGGAGGCGGAGGGGAAGGGGAAGGAGACGGACGGGGACGGCGCUGGCAGUGUUUUGGGGAUUUUGGGGGACCAGUUCAACUGCUCCAUUUGCAUGCAGCUUCUAGAUCGACCUGUUUCGACACCAUGCGGUCACAACUUCUGCUUGAAAUGCUUUCAAAAAUGGACUGGGCAACAACGCAUGAAGACUUGUGCUAUUUGUCGGAAGAUGAUUCCUGUCAAGAUGGCAAAGGAGCCUCGAAUCAACUCUGCCAUUGUUAUGGCAAUCAGAAUGGCUAAAGCUUCCCAGUCUAACAUCUCUGUAGGCCCUGCAAAGAUAUCCCAUUUUAUCCACAACCAGGAUCGCCCCGACAAAGCAUUUACCACAGAGCGAGCGAAAAAAACCGGAAAGGCUAAUGCAUGCAGUGGGAAGAUUUUUGUCACAAUCCCUUCAGAUUUUCUUGGUCCAAUUACACCAGAGUAUGACCCGACAAGGGGCUUAGGUGUUAUGGUUGGAGAAACAUGGGAAGAUAGGAUGGAAUGCAGGCAGUGGGGCGCUCACUUCCCCCAUGUUGCAGGUAUUGGGGGCCAGUCUAAUCAUGGGGCCCAGUCGGUUGCACUCUCGGGUGGCUAUGAAGAUGAUGAGGAUCAUGGAGAAUGGUUUCUCUACACGGGGAGUGGUGGACGUGAUCUUACUGGGAAUAAACGGACGAAUAAGAAGCAGUCGUUUGACCAGAGCUUUAAAAGCUCCAACGAAGCUUUAAGAGUCAGUUGCCGUGAGGGCUAUCCCGUACGAGUUGUGAGGUCCCAUAAAGAAAAGCGGUCUUCUUAUGCACCAGAGGGGGGUGUACGCUAUGAUGGGGUUUACAGGAUUGAGAAGUGCUGGCGCAAGGCUGGCCAACAAGGAUUUGUGGUCUGCCGAUAUCUGUUUGUUCGUUGUGAUAAUGAUCCAGCACCGUGGACCAUUGACACCCACGGAGAUCGUCCAAGACCCUUACCUUCAAUUCCUGAGUUGAAGCAAGCUAAGGAUAUUACUGAAAGGAAAAAGAGUCCUGCCUGGGAUUUUGAUGAGCAAAAGGGUGUCUGGACUUGGACAAGACCUCAACCGCCCAGUCAAAAAACACUUGUUGACGGUGAUAAAGUAAAGAUCACCAAGAGAAAAAACCGAAGUGGGACUGGGUCUGUUAAGGAAAAGCUUUUGAAAGAAUUUAGUUGCCUCAUCUGUCGGAAAGUGAUGGUUCAGCCACUCACCACUCCCUGUGCUCAUAACUUCUGUAAGGUGUGCUUAGAGGGUGCCUUUGCUGGCCAAUCUCACGUCAAAGAGAGAAAAAAUGGAGGGAGGACACUUCGUGCACAAAAAAAUGUCAUGAAAUGCCCAUCUUGCCCACAAGAUAUUUCCGAGUUCCUCCAAAAUCCUCAGGUACAUGCAUUAUAUUUGUUAUAUUUCUGUUUGGAUUUUCAUCUGGCCGAAUAUAGCUCGCGAGGCUUAUUCUUGGAUGCUAGAUGUAACAUAAAAUGGUUGUGCUAAUGAUUCAGCUUGACUAUUAUU